CGGCCUCACACGAGACGAAAAUGCAGCUUUCGAUAAUAACCGAGUGACCUUUGAUUUUCCUGAUUUAUUCGUACAUUCUGCUAUGGAUGUGAUACCUUCAACCUCACGGUGUAAUAGUGCGGUGAAUAAGCAAUUUAGUGCCGUAGAAAUUGAACUGUACUAUUUGAUAGCCAAGUAUUUAUCGUCCGGCCCCUGCAAGAAAGCGUAUGAGGUGCUGAGGGCCGAAAUUGAAGAAAAUCAGUUACUACCUAAGAGAUAUGACUGGCUGGGCAAUGAACAUAGGAAAUCACUCGAUGAAGUGGAUCGUCAGCUUGGUCAUCUUAGUAAUGACCACCUUCUGCGCGUUGUGUCCCGUCUUGGGCCUGCAAUCAAUCAGCUAGUCAAACUUCCAUACCCUACAGCUGCUACGCUCUUAGGGGCCGGCACUCAGUCACUGCUGCGCACAGAAAAUGACCUGUAUAAAAGUUACAAGACCCUGUCGGAUGUGGUAGUCCGCCACCGUGGUUAUCCUCCUCUCGAGCCAGUGCAGUAUCUAGGGCCUCCCUGCCUCACACAGACUAUCUUGGGAAGAGAACUUCAGGGUACCAUCAACCAGAAACAUGUGGUCACAAAUAAGUUCUACAGCCGCAUUCAGCUGUACUUCCGCUCCGUUGGGCACCUUUCUGCGGUGUACUGUAUGCUCUUUGACCGCACAGGAAAAUAUAUCAUUACCGGUGCUGAUGACACAUUGGUCAAAAUCUGGAGCACCUUUGAUGGACGUCUCAUGGCCACCUUGAGAGGAGCAUCAGCAGAAAUUUCUGAUCUUGCCAUCGAUGGGGAAAAUACUUUAAUUGCUGCUGGAUCCUGUGACAAGAUCAUCAGAGUAUGGAGCCUCCAGACCCUGGCACCUGUUGCAGUCUUAUCCAGCCACACCGGCAUGAUAACUGCCCUUCAGUUUUGUCCAGCUCCAGACAGUGAAGGAGUCUUGGUAUCAACAGGUGGUGAUGGUUGUGUGGCCUUUUGGACUUACACUCGCAGAUCAGGAGAAAUAAAGUUUGAUUCUAAACCCCUCAAAGUGAAUGAAAGAGUGAGACCAGGAAAUGCACAGCUGAUUUGUGCAUCGUUUAGUGCAGGAGGACAUUUCCUGGCAGUGGGAGGAGCUGACCAUUUUGUCAGAGUAUAUCAUCUUGGUGGAGAAGAUGGAGUAGAGAAGCUCAUUGAGACAGAGCGGCAUCAGGACCGUGUUGAUAGUAUCCAGUGGUGCCACAAAGGAUUGAUGUUUGUGUCAGGCAGUCGUGAUGGUACAGCACUUGUAUGGCGCUACGAAACACAACAGUGGAAGAACCUCGUCUUGAAUAUGACUGACAGACUUCCUGGGGACAGUCCUCCAUCUGAAGAGAUACGUCGGCUCCAAGUAACAAUGGUAGGAUGGAACAGGAGUGAUGAAUAUGUCAUCACAGCUAGCAAUGACAAGUGGUUGCGAGUGUGGGAUAGUAGCCAAGGCAAGCUUAAACAUAUUCUCAGGGGCCAUGAGGAUAACUCCUAUGUGAUUGAGGCACAUCCCCUCGAAAAUAAUAUUAUCCUGACUGCAGCUCAUGAUGGUCAAUUGAUGAUCUGGGAUAUCAGCACAGGAACUCUGGUGAGAAGCUUUAAAAAUACCAUUGAAGGCCAAGGUUAUGGUGCAUUAUUUGAUGCCAAGUGGUCACCUGAUGGUUACACUAUAGCAACAACAGAUUCUCAUGGACAUCUCAUUCUCUUUGGUAUUGGACACAAUGAGAAAUUCAAGAAGAUACCAAAAGAGCUUUUCUUUCAUACGGACUAUCGGCCUCUUGUGCGAGAUGCCAAUAACCAUGUGCUGGAUGAGCAGACUCAGAUGGCACCACACCUCAUGCCACCCCCAUUCUUGGUCAACAUGGAUGGUGACCCAUAUCCUCCCGAAUACCAGAGGCUUGUACCUGGUCGAGAAAACUGCAGACAUGACCAGCUUAUUCCAAAUGUUUUAUUGAAUGCAAAUGGUGA